AUGAUGUCCCCAACCCGCCGCGUGUCUCAAACCUCCAAGUUCACCCUCUCCCCUCACCAAUCUCGAACCACACCCUCAGGAACCACAGAAAUGCCACGCCAACCCCCCAACAUAACAAUAAUACACCCGGACCUCGGCAUUGGCGGCGCAGAACGCCUCAUCAUCGACGUCGCCCUCGCUCUCCAAUCCCGCGGCCACAAAGUCACCAUCUACACCUCCCACCGCGACACGGGCCAUUGCUUCGACGAGGCGCGCGACGGAACACUGGAUGUGCGCGUGCGCGGGAAUACGAUCUUCCCGGGGAGUGUCGCGGGGAGGGGCCAUGUGCUUAUGGCGGUGUUGAGGCAGGUGCAUUUGACGCUUUCUGUGCUGGGGGAGCUUGCUACAGCCGGUCCGAUGACAACGACGACGGAUGAGAAGGUGGAUGAGGUAGAGGAGGUGUUCAUAAUCGACCAACUCGCUGCGUGCGUACCGAUUCUUAAACUCCUCGGUGAAGGCUUCGCGCAUGCGACUCGCGGCAAGCAGCGGAUUCUGUUCUACUGUCACUUCCCAGACCAGCUACUCGCUCGCCGCGAUGAGAGGAAUACACUCCUGCGCCUCGCAAAGGCAAUAUACCGAUAUCCGUUCGAUUGGUUCGAGGGGUGGGCGAUGAGCGCUGCGGAUCGGGUUGUUGCGAAUUCGAGGUUUACGAGGGGUGUUGUGGGAGAUGUUUUUGGGAAGGAUACGUUGGGGGAUGUCAGCGUCGUUUAUCCGUGUGUUGAUACGGCGGAGAAGGAGAAGAAGAUUGGUGAAGAUGGAGUUGAGGGGGAGCUUUGGGGAGGGAAGAAGAUUCUGUUGAGUAUUAAUCGGUUCGAGAGGAAGAAGGAUAUGGGGCUUGCGAUUCGGGCGUAUCAUGGGCUUGGAGAGGAGAGGAGACGGAGGACGAGGUUGGUUAUCGCUGGCGGCUACGACAACCGCGUCCAGGAAAACGUCCAAUACCACAAAGAACUCGACACCCUCGCCACAACCCUCGGCCUCCAAACCGCAACCUCUAAAACCAUAAUCUCUGCGCUCUCCGUCCCCGACUCCAUCGAUGUCCUCUUCCUCCUCUCUGUCCCCACCGCGUUCCGCGAUACCCUCCUUUCACAAGCAAAACUGCUGCUCUACACCCCCGUUAACGAACACUUUGGCAUCGUCCCUGUUGAAGCUAUGCACGCUGGUAUUCCGGUGCUGGCGUCGAAUACCGGUGGGCCGUUGGAGACUAUCGUCGAAGGUGAGACGGGGUGGUUGCGUGAUGCGAACAAGGUUGAUGACUGGACGGAUGUCAUGGAUAAGGUGCUCUACGGCCUGGACCAGGAGAGUACCCAGCACAUGGCUGUCGCCGGAAAGACAAGAGUCGAAGAGGAAUUCUCGCUAAGGGCAAUGGGAGACCGGCUCGAGGAGAAUAUUGGGGAAAUGCUGCGCAGCGAGAGACGCCCGUUUAACGGGUCACAGCAGCUACUGGUUCUGCUGAGUCUUUCGGGUGUGCUUCUCUCGGUUCUCGCAUUCUGGACCAUCAAGGCGAUGUAG